CGCCACGCAGUUGACUUUAGAUGUUUGUGAAAUAUCAAAUACAUAUUUCAUGAGUUUUUUCACCUGAUGUACAAAGAAUUUGUUUAAAAUCAACAGUUUAUAUUUUAUUGCAAACUAAUACAAAGGUUGAUUACAUUGUUUGCCAUCUCUUUUUCCAUUGGUAGGUUUAAGAGUUUAAAAACCCAGCAACAUUGUAGGAAGUCACCAAUUAAAAGAGGAAGAGAAACAUACGUGACUUUCUAUCAGAUACUAAUGGAGAGACGUCAUUGAGAUAAACUAUACAUGACUGUGUUAUGCUUGAAAGGAUGAACUUAGGCUUCGAGAGAGCAUUAAAAUACUGGAGGGAGCAAGGACUGAUCGAUGCUAAAAUAAACCGUGAACUGAGACACCAACAUGGUAAGGGACCAUGCAAUAUCUUCAUACUCGACACGCCAUCAAGUCUUGGAGAGGAGGGAUUCAAUGAAAUGAAGGACACGUUUCGUACAAUUAUAACAGGGUAUGAAAACCAACCAGAGGAAGAUGAAAACGUUGCUGUUAUUAUAUGUGGCAAAAACACUAGGUUCCAACGUUAUUUCUCUAACCAGUAUUCUGCUGUAUCUAAAUGUUUGGAUGAUGUUGAAUAUGGCGGGCUAUCUCCAUUGAUGGCGGCAUUUAUACUUUGCCUUGAAUCAACUCAUAAUGGAGCAAGUCAUACGUCAAGGAUGCAAGAGUUUCAAAUUCGGCCCCGAGUUAUUCUCAUGUCUGAUGGUCGACCGACUCCUUUUCAGAUAAUCAGUGAAGCAGACGACUCCGAUCUUCAGGAAACUGAGGACGCCAAAAACAACCUUCAACUGUUUGCUCGUCAAGUUGGAAGGCGUCAUCCAAUUUUUUGCAUACCUUUGGGCAAGAAUCCAGAUAUGCUGUUGUUAGAAUUCAUGUGUGCUGAGUCCAGAGGAGGAAAGAUAGUUUUUCCUUAUGAAGCCUUGCAAUUUUCAAGAUAUUCAAAGAAUGUGAGAACAGCGGCAUUAUUAUCAUCAUUGUCACAGUAUCAUGUGACGGAUAGGGAUGCAUUAUCUUCAAUUAUUUCGAUGACAAUCCCUGGGAAUAAUUUCACCGAAAUGGAUAAGGACGAUAUAUUUGAACUAUGGACGAAGAAAUCCUUAUAUACAUCAGAACCGUCUGAAGAAGAUGAGGACAGUGAUGGCAGAGAAGGAGGAGACUUAGAGAAAAGGGAUCCAUGUAUGCCAGAUCUAGGAGUCAGGGUAAAACGAGGCCCGGAUUGGCAGUGGAAAAAUCAAGAUAGUCAUGGUCCUGGUACCGUUAUAGGAUAUUCAAGAGAGGGUUGGUUGAGAGUAGAAUGGGACGUAGGAGGAAAGAAUGUUUACAGAUACGGGCCAAGGCAUGACAUGAAAAAUGUGUAUGACGUCAUACCGUGCAAUAUUCCUAGAGUUCUUGAAGAAAACGAACCGAUUGGAACAGGUUGUCUAGUUAAAAGAGGUCCAGACUGGGAGUGGGAUAAUCAAGAUGGCGGAGAAGGAAACAUUGGAUCAGUUAUAAGAGUCAGAAGUAAUGCAACAGUCAAUGUCAAGUGGUCAAAUGGAAGUGUUUCUAAUUAUAGAUUUGGUUAUAAAGAGAAAUUUGAUCUACAGAUAUGUGAUCCAUUUUCACAAGAGACUGAGAAAUAUUUACAAGAGGAAAGCAAAUCAUCGCAGCCAAAAACACAGAAAGAAAAAAUAUACAAUUUCAAAGAUUCUAGUUCAUACGAAGGCUCAAAAUCAACAUCAUUUGAAUGCAGCCAAUCGGAUAGAAAUCACUUAUCAAGUCUUUCUUCAAAUUCCUUAAAAUACCCUAAAGGAAAAUAUUUCAAAAAUGACAGUGUAGAGGAUGAAUGCUCUACAGAUUUAGAAUCAGAUGGACCAAUAGCAUUAAGCCAGUGGAUGUGGAAAGAUAAGACUGAGAAAUGGAAUCCAUAUCCGAAAAAAAUAAAUGACAAAAUAUGGAAAUCAUGGAAAAGAAAUCCGAAUUCUACCGUAGUUGUUGAAAUGGAUGACAGCGUUUACAGAGUUGUGUUGGGAAAGAAUAUACAGAUAAAUUUGACAACCGGAGAAACAAUGGACAUCCAAGUUUUUGAAAAUUCCUAAAAGAAUUCAUGCAUCGCAUGUAAACAUAUUAUAAUACAAGUAACAGCUUUUUAAA